UAUUGCUCUGUAUAGCUCGAUAGGUAUUUUACAAACUGAACAAUAAGCCUAAACUUUCGCACUUGACUACUUCUACUGGGGAUGAAAAUUAAAAGAAACAUUUAAACCAAACUGUGUUAAAUAGCGGUGUAGUUCUGCGCAAUAAAAUAGUGAGCUCCAGAAGCAGACGGAUAUUCAUCUUGGUGCAUCGAUAACGUGUUUCGUUGAAGCUGACAAUUACGGAUUACCUUUCAACGGAUAGAAACAGAUUUGUGUGUACAGCACCUAAACACAUUGUUUAAAGGGAAGUAUUUCUCACAAAUAGCUCAGCAUAUACCAUGUCCAUCGGUAUACCAGUCAUGGAGUACUGGCUGGAAAGUGAUAAUCUUUGAAAUAACUUCUAAGCCAUUGGUCACCUUGUAAAACAAACAAAACAUAAAUAUAGCCGAUAUAAAUCGUAUUAUAUAAACUGUUCAUUAUGCCAAAAUCGAAUAACUAUGUAGUGCAUAUUCUUGUAUUCUUCUGUGGGAUGUCUCUGUGGCUGGACAUUGAGGGAAUCAUCAACGAAAUGCCAGUCAUGAUCAACUACUUACCGGAAGGGUGGAAGCUCGCUAGUUACGUUAACAUCUGCAUAGCGGUUGCCUUUCCCAUUGCACUAGUAAUUGUUCUGGCCGUUAGCACGUGCAAAAAGGAAAAUUCCAAAUAUUUUGCUUGUUCGGCGCUUAUGAAUCAAGUUCUUCAGCUUAUCGUGCUGUCAUUUAUUUGGCGGAAAACAUACACCAUAGAAGGAGAAAUUCACUCGAUCGGUCUCUUCGCUGUUAUUUUCGUUCUUGGAUGUAGUGGCAGAGCGUACAGCAUCAUAUUUCUUUCCAUUUUAGAAACGAUGAAAUCCGAAUAUGUUGCUUCGUAUUUCAUAGGGGAAGGAAUCGGGUUGAUGGUGUGUCCAAUGUUGGCUUUUGUCCAAGGUGCUGGUCACAUUACGUGUCAACUGCAACUGGUCGGCGAAGAAAAUAGAUUGGUUAUUUCCAACGAAUCGUUGGUUAACAGAACUGAGUACAAGCAGCAAACAGUGUACGAAGACCCGCUAUUUCCGGUUCAAGUGUACAUUUUAAUACUGGCUGGAACUGCACUGGUCCCACUAGUGUCGUUUAUAUUACUCAACUGGAACCCACUUUCUUUGGCUGGAAUCAUUGAAUCAAAACGUCAGUCAUCGUUCCGAGCAUACGAUCAAGACGAAAGAGAUUCGGAUGAAUACUUGUUGUUGCCCAGACAAGACCAUGUCACUUUACCAGACGACGACCACCAACCUACAGAAUUGUCACACAAGUCAAACAUCUAUGAAGCCCGAUAUUCUUUUAUAACAUGGCUUAGGAAACAUUCCCACAAUGCCCCGGAUUGGUAUGUGCUAGCUUUAGCAGCAUUUGUGCAGAUGCAGAUAUGUGCAUUUCCAUUCGCACUUGGGACUUAUUAUAGUCUUCCUUAUGGUCACAAGACAUUUCACCUCAUUAUAACCAUUGGAAACACGGCCAUCGCAAUGGCGUCGAUCACCGGUCGGUUUUUCAGUGUUACGUCAUGGCCUAUCAUCGGCGGCAUAACAGCGUUGUCAUCAUCAUUGAGUGCAUAUAUCGUCGUGGUGGCCUCGCUAAGUCCAAACCCUCCUCUCGCUGGACGUUUAGCUGGGACAAUCAUCACGAUCGGAGUAUGGUGUAUACAAAACUACUCGCUAGCCUAUUUGAAGCUAUGUUUGGCCAAGAAAGUGCACAAUAACAAAACAUCAAUGACUUUGUUUGGUGUUGCCAUGGAAAUUGGAUUUCUUUUGGGAAAUAUUAUUGCGUUUAUACUGAUUGGGAUUCUAAAACUGUUCAAUGAAAAAUCGUUUUGUUGACUGAUAAUAGUGUUAUAUGUUGUCCAUUAAUUUAUUGAAUAGAACAUCAUAAUAUAAUUUUAAUAAUAUAACCAAAUUGUUGCAUAAAGGUAUUUGCAUAUAAGGUAUUGACUUAUUACUUAUUAUUACAUAUUGUUUCAUAUAUCAGGGGCGUGCACAGGAAAUUUUGCAGGGGGUGGGUCGAGAUGUCUGGCGAAAAAUUGACCCCUUCUAGGGCUAUUCUGAGGUGUUUUCUGCUGGCUAGCCGAGCUACUUUCACAGGAAUGUAAA